UGACGGUCAGUCGGUCAACUGUCAAGUUUGUUUUGUUUUUGUUUAGUUUUCACAGUUUUCAAUUCAACCAUGGUCGCAAUCACAAAUUAAAGGAAGUUAUUGUGUUUGUUGUUAUUGUGUGAUUUAGUGAUAAAACUCAAUAGACUAUUUACUUUUGAUCUAUAAAUCAAUUGAUUGACCAGCAGUACUUAAUUUGGCUUACGUUUUACUUUUAAUAGUUGGUGUUUGAGGAUUUGGUUUUAUCCUUGACCUAGGCUAGGCUACUGAAUGGAACAGCAAAGGAAGGACAGGACGAGGACAGUUUGUUGAAGGAGGACUCCUUGACUUGAUAAUAACAUAACCUCAAAAUCAUAGCCUAAUUGUACAUUUUUGUUUUUCAUUAGUAGCUUUUGGAAAUUUUAAAUUAGGCUAGGCUAUAUGUCUCUAAUACAAGUAGAGACGCAUGGACUAUUAUCUAACUCUCUGAAGAGUCAUUGUAAUGUAAAAUAAUUUAAUUGUGUUUCUGUAGGCUAGUGUAAGAGAAGCCUGAAAUCAGCCUAUCCAGCUGACAAAAGUUUUAAUUUCAUAAAAUGAUCAUAUUUUUUUUAUGAUUAAGGUCUGCUCUUAUUAUAAGAAAUAGGCUAAUAAACUGAAAAUAAUAAUGCAUUCUAACAUGUAUCUUCUACCUCCAAAAGAGAGGGAUGUUGAUCAAACAAACUUAAGCCUAUGUGAAGUUAUAUUGAAGAAGCAUUUAUACCUGUAUUGCUUGAUAUCAAUUUCAAUACUUAUUUUUCUGCUCUCACCACACACUGUGAUCUAUCAAGAAAUGGAUGACCAGUUUAUUGAAAACAAUAGAGAUCUAUCAGACUUUAAUGUUGAUUUUCCAAUCCUUAUUCAACUUGAACGCUCCAACGACACACUUCAAACAAUCAAUAUUUCAACUCAAGAGCAACCAAAAAAAUCAAAAAGGCCUACUGAAAACCUAUCUGAAAGUAAACACACCCAUUCUGAUGCUCAAUGUAACGCAUUUAAAGACAGUGAAAAAUUUGACUGUUUUCCACAAGAAAAUGCCAAUGAAGAAUUGUGUAAAAGUAGAGGGUGUUGUUGGAGUCCAGUCAAUUCGACAUCAAAGGAAGAACAAGGAGUGCCAUAUUGCUACUACCCAUCAAAGUUCAGGAGCUACAGAUAUGUAAACAUAUAUCCAACAGACCUUGGAGCUACGGCAUAUUUGGCAAAUGUUGUGAAUUCUACAUACCCAGAUAAUAUCCAAAUGGUUAGGAUAGACUUUAAUUAUCUUGAUGAAAACAUCCUUCAAGUCAAGAUCUACGAUGCAAAUCAAACAAGAUUUGAGAGUCCAUUGCCGAAAUUAUCCUUGACUGGCAGACGACUGGCAAAGAAUACUUCCUAUUAUGUGAACAUUGACAAAGACAAAUUGGGCUUCAAUGUCAUCAGAAAAAGCACCAAUCAGUCUCUAUUCAAUGCGGAGGACAUGGGAGGGUUUAUUUUUGCCAAUCAGCUGCUACAGUUGUCAGCACAGUUGCCAACCCACCGUAUCUACGGGCUUGGACAACAACGCAACGAGUUUCUUCUCGACACUAACUGGCGAGUCAUCACACUCUUCAACAGGGACCAAGAGCCAAUUGAUAAGUCUAACCUCUAUGGAACUCAUCCGUUUUAUUUAGCUGUCGAAGACGGAGGGUUGGCACAUGGCGUUUUUCUGCUCAACACAAAUGCAAUGGACAUUAUCCUCCAGCCUGCUCCCGCUAUCACAUACCGCACUAUUGGAGGUGUCCUGGAUUUCUUCUUCUUCCUCGGCCCCACUCCAGCCGAUGUUAUUAGUCAAUACACCGGUUUGAUUGGACGGCCGUUCAUGCCACCGUAUUGGAGUCUUGGCUUUCAUCUUUGCAGAUUUGGAUACAAGUCCUUGAGUGAAACAAUGGAAGUUUGGAACAGGACCAGAAACGCCGGGAUUCCUUUGGACACCCAAUGGAACGACAUAGACUACAUGGUUCGGCGCAAUGACUUCACGUACGACCCUGUAGCUUAUAAGGGACUGCCGCAGUUUGUUGACUUACUGCAUAAGGAAGGCAUGCACUACAUGAUAAUAACUGACCCUGGAGUCAGUGCCGGUGAACCAUCUGGAACUUAUCCACCUUAUGACGAAGGGUUGAAAGAUGGAGUCUUCAUAAUGGAUCCCUCGGAAGAUAAACCAUUCAUAACAAAGGUGUGGAACGACAAAGCCACUGUUUUUCCAGACUUCUUCAAUCCAAAGACUGAUGCUUAUUGGACCCGUCAGAUCAAGCAGCUUCAUGACAAGUUUGCUUUUGAUGGUCUUUGGAUUGACAUGAACGAACCCUCAACAGAGUGGAAUGGAGGCAAAGACGGAUGUCUAGCUAACCCUCUAGACAACCCUCCAUACCUGCCCCGAGUGCAGGGUGGACAAUUGUAUUCCAGAACGGUGUGCAUGAGCGCCAGACAUUACGGGGCAAAACACUACGAUGUGCACAACAUUUUCGCAACACAAGAAAGUAUUUUAACUGUCAGGGCUUUGAAAACAGUAAGGAAGAAGAGAGCAUUUGUCAUAUCUCGGGCAUCGUACCCUAGCCAGGGUCAUUUUACAGGAGUAUGGACAGGAGACAUCAGUUCUACUUGGGAUGAUAUGGCUCACUCUAUACCAGACAUCCUGAGCUUCAGUCUGUUUGGCAUUCCCAUGUCCGGGGCUGACAUUUGUGGAUUCAACCAGAACACUACUGUGGCUCUGUGUAAAGCAUGGAGCCAACUUGGGGCCUUCUAUCCGUUCUCCCGCAAUCACAACUCAAUUGAGAACUUCGACCAGGACCCAGUAGCACUAGGCCCUGAAGUGGUAGAUGCCGCAAAGAAAGCCCUUCUCACUAGAUAUUUCUUCCUGCCAUAUCUCUACACAUUGUUUUGGCAUGCUCAUAAUGAGGGUGAAACUGUUGCCCGCCCCAUGCUUGUUGAAUUCCCCAAAGAUGAGAAAACGUACAACCUCCAUAGUCAGUUUCUGUGGGGAUCAGGCCUUUUGAUAGCUCCAAUGCUUUCAGAGGAAAAGGGAUAUGCCACAGCUUAUUUGCCGGCUGGCCGCUGGUACAACUUUUACUCCUUCAAGCAGAUUGUAAGCAAGGGAAGCACAUAUUUGCUAGACACACCUAGCGAUUCCCUCCCACUUCUACUAAGGGGUGGAAGAAUAAUUCCCGGCCAGAAGCCCAACACUACCACCACAACCAGCCGACUCAACCCCAUGGCUCUACUAGUGUCUUUAUGUGAUCAUAACAUGGCUCAUGGUGACCUAUACUGGGAUGAUGGGGAUUCUUAUGAUUUUGAAACCGGAACGUACAACUUCCUCACCUUUAAGGCGACGGGUUUGAAUGUAAGCAGCACAGUCGAGCAUUGGAGCUAUAAGACGAGGCUGGUACUGGGAGAAGUGGACGUGUUGGGUGUUCCAAUCGAUGUGAGCAAAGUUAUCGUCAACAGUAAGCCUGCCAACUUCACUUUCGACAAGGUCAUAAAGUUUCUACUUAUACAAGAUCUGUCCCUAGAUAUGAGUCAGCCGUUCACUAUCUCCUGGUCUUAACCUUCUGUUUAAUAUUAAAUACAGAUAAUGCUUUCUUUGUAUUGUAAAUCAAUGUUUUUAUUUACACUUGAUAAUAGAUCUAAGUAAUUUGUAAAUUGACACUUACGUUUUUGUGGAAUUAAAAAUAGUAUUUGAUUGA